ACAUGAAAUUCUCUGUUGGCUGUUCAAAAUUGACUGCAAAAAAAUAAACCAUAAUCAAAUAAUAAGCAGCCACUUCAAAGUCCAUAUUCUCCACCUAAAAUCUCUCAUCUCUACCAUUAUUUCAUUCUAAUUAAUCCCAUGUUCUUCAACAUUCCAACCAAUAAUUCUCACUAAAACAUCCAUGGCUUCUGCUCAUUUCCUCUGCAACAAUCACCAUCUUUUUCAACCCAAUUCCUUUGCCAAAACUAAUUUACCUUCAUUUAAACCAACUGGGUCUGUUCCUUUUACCCAAAGACAAAGACUUUCACCUGUUAAAGCCUCCACCAAGAAACAAUUUGAGAUAGUGUAUGACCCUGAUGAAAGGUUGAACAAGAUUGGUGAUGAAGUUGACAGAAUUGCCCCUCUUUCAAGGCUCACUUUGUUCUCUCCUUGCAAGAUUAAUGUGUUCUUGAGAAUUACUGAUAAAAGAGAAGAUGGGUAUCAUGAUUUAGCAUCUCUUUUUCAUGUAAUUAGUCUAGGAGAUACUAUUAAGUUUUCGUUAUCUCAUUCGAAAUCGACGGAUCGGUUAUCAACUAAUGUAGCUGGUGUUCCCCUUGAUGAAAGAAAUUUGAUUAUUAAAGCCCUUAAUCUAUAUAGGAAGAAAACUGGAACUGACAACUAUUUUUGGAUUCAUCUAGAUAAGAAAGUGCCUACUGGAGCAGGACUUGGCGGUGGAAGUAGUAAUGCUGCGACAGCAUUGUGGGCGGCUAAUCAGUUCACUGGUGGUAUUGCCACCGAGAAGGAUCUCCUAGAAUGGUCAAGCGAGAUUGGUUCAGAUAUUUCCUUCUUUUUUUCUCAUGGAGCUGCCUAUUGCACUGGCCGCGGAGAGAUUGUCCAAGAUAUGCCUUCACCUGUUCCUCUAGACAUUCCAAUGGUUCUCAUAAAGCCCCCAGAAGCAUGCCCAACUGGUGAAGUUUACAAGCAUUUUCGGUUGGAUCUAACCAGUAAAGCUGAUCCCUUAACACUGCUGGACAAGAUCUCAAAGAAUGGAAUAUCUCAAGAUGUUUGUAUUAACGACUUGGAACAUCCUGCAUUUGAAGUUCUCCCAUCUCUUAAAAGAUUAAAACAGCGUAUAAUUGCUGCAAGCCGUGGGCAAUAUGAUGCGGUUUUUAUGUCCGGAAGCGGUAGUACCAUCAUUGGAAUUGGUUCACCGGACCCUCCACAGUUUAUUUAUGACGAAGAUGACUACAAGGAUGUUUUUGUUUCAGAGGCUAACUUCUUGACUCGUGAACCAAAUCAGUGGUACACAGAACCUGCUUCAUCUACUGCUCGUAGCGCACCAUCUGAUUUUUCCGAAUCGACGAUGUGAUUUCUUUGUAAGAACAAUGAUCGCCAUGUUGAUGUUUUUGGUAGGCUUGUCGUUAAUGUUGUAAUUGAUAUUUCAUAGGAAUAGAUGAUGCACAGAAACAUAAACGAUAUUUUUUGAACAAAUAUAAAAUCUCAGAGUUUUAUAAGCGUUUUCGGAAACUAAACGCUGAAAUGUAAAACUCCUUAAGUUUCUGUGCAAUAUCUUGAAAGUUUGUUGUCAUGAACAAAUCGAGCUAAUGCUCGUGUAAAGUCUUGUACUACUUGUAGUCGUAUAGGAAAAUAAUUUGGCGCAUUGUUCCCUUCAAGAGCCGCCUAACAUGUCGAAAGCUCUUGAAAUAUCGGAGACGGAAGAAUAAUUGCCAUUGAUUUGAGUUUUAAAUGGAAGUUCAUUAAAUUUUUCA